CACGGGAAUAUAUUCAAAUAUCUUCUUCUUCUUCACUUUUAGGCGUUUCACUGCUGUCUUUCUCGCUCCUCCUACCUUCUCUCUCCCGCAGAUCUGAUUUCGACACAGAAGUUGAGCACAAGAGAAUCUGAGGAGAAAAUGGGUCGUGGAGUUAGCAGCGGUGGUGGUCAGAGUUCACUGGGGUACCUUUUUGGAGGCCCCGAAGCUCCUGCAGCAAAACCUGCUCCAAGGAAUGUGGAGGCGGCGGCACCUCCUCCUCCGCCUCAGAACGCGGCCGCAGUGGCGGCUCCAGAGAAGCAAUCUGCUGGUGCGCCACCUCACGGUACUAAACAGAUUCCAGCUGGCAUCCAGGGCAGCCAAAAGAAUAACUAUCUCCGAGCUGAUGGCCAGAACACUGGCAACUUCCUCACGGAUCGACCAUCGACGAAGGUCCAUGCUGCACCAGGAGGUGGAUCCUCCCUUGGGUAUCUUUUUGGAGACGGCAGCAAGUAAAUGUUGGUUACCGGUGUUCGUUUAGGUUUCCCUUUGAAUUUGGGGCCGACAAUAUCUUUUAUCCUUAAUUGCUUCAGACAUUGCAAAUUGUAAUACAAUAUCCUUUUUCUUGUCCUAAAUCGAGCUUGUCAAUAGCUGCUGGCUCGGAACAUUCGAAUGAAGCAGUUACUUCUUGCUUUUCUCAAUGCUAAUGGAAGAUUAUUGGUUAUACUGUUUUGCUAUGGCGAUUAUCUAGUGUGAAUUUAUAAUAGAGUUAUGGAGUAUUGUUUUUU